AUGAACGGGGUUGGGAGACAAGGGCAGAGAUCUAGUGCGGCAGGGGUGCACCACCAACGACAGUACUCCGAUAACUUCUUGGAGACUUCGUCCAAUGGCAGGUGGCUUCAGUCAGCUGGUCUUCAACACCUUCAGUCUUCCAACUCCUCUGGUGCUCCUCCUCAGGACUAUGGCUUCUAUGGUGGAGGUGGAGGAGGACCGGCUUCUAGAGUGUACCGGAACGCACAGAGAGGGUACAAUGAGUUCUACGCAGAGGCGCCAUCGACACCUCCUUACAAUUCGCGGAGAAAGAGCGGCGAGGAGUCGCCCAAUGAGUUCAGUCCUGGACUCUUGGAUCUGCAUUCCUUUGAUACUGAGCUCAUUCCUGACAUGCAAGUCACUGGGUUGUAUGAUGGUGCUUCUCUAUAUUAUCCGUCUCGCGGUAGAAGCUUUGAUGAUUCCGAACCCUACAUUUCAAACAAACAAACAGAAAGGGCUCGUGUACCAGAAAACAACCUCCUAAAAAGUUUUGCUGCAGACAAAGAGAAAGCUAGUUCUGUAGCAAAGAUCAAAGUUGUGGUGCGGAAGAGGCCGCUUAAUAAAAAGGAGUUGGCAAAGAAUGAGGAAGAUAUCAUAGAUACACUUUCCAACUCUGUAACAGUCCACGAGACUAAGCUCAAGGUUGACCUAACAGAAUACAUGGAAAAACAUGAAUUUGUGUUUGAUGCAGUGCUGAAUGAGGAAGUCUCAAAUGAUGAAGUGUAUCAUGAGACUGUGGAGCCCAUAGUUCCAAUAAUAUUCCAGCGAACAAAGGCAACUUGUUUUGCAUAUGGACAAACUGGAAGUGGAAAAACAUAUACCAUGAAACCAUUGCCUCUUAAAGCAUCACGAGACAUCUUGAGGUUGAUGCACCAUACUUACCGUAGUCAGGGAUUUCAGUUAUUUGUGAGCUUCUUCGAAAUAUAUGGGGGAAAACUUUUUGAUCUCCUCAACGAUCGAAAAAAGCUUUGCAUGAGAGAAGACGGCAAACAACAAGUUUGUAUUGUGGGUUUGCAAGAAUACAGAGUGUCAGAUGUGGAAACCAUUAAGGAGCUGAUUGAAAGAGGAAGUGCCACAAGAAGUACUGGUACAACUGGUGCAAAUGAAGAAUCCUCUCGUUCACAUGCCAUACUUCAGCUUGCUAUUAAGAGGUCAGUUGAUGGCAGUGAAUCGAAGCCUCCCCGUCUUGUUGGCAAGUUAUCCUUCAUUGAUCUUGCUGGAAGUGAACGUGGUGCAGAUACUACAGAUAAUGACAAACAGACAAGAAUGGAAGGUGCUGAGAUUAAUAAGAGCUUACUUGCAUUGAAGGAAUGCAUUAGAGCUCUUGACAAUGACCAGGGUCAUAUUCCUUUCCGAGGAAGUAAAUUAACUGAAGUUCUUAGGGAUUCAUUUGUUGGUGACUCCCGUACUGUGAUGAUAUCAUGCAUAUCACCAAGCUCCGGAUCCUGCGAACAUACUCUCAACACUUUAAGAUAUGCUGACAGGGUGAAGAGCCUUUCGAAAGGGAGCAACCCUAAGAAGGAUAUGCUACCUUCAACCUUAAACCUCAAGGAACCAACAAAUUUACCCUUACCUUCAGCUUUGCCCACUGCUUCUACCUUUGAGGUUGACACAAAUGAUACAUGGCCUGUGCAAGUUGAAAAAGAGGAAUUUGAUGCUUCAGAAGAGCCCUAUUAUGAGGCCAAAACAUUAUGGAAGAGAAAUGGGAAGCUAGAGCAGUACAAUGUAUCAGCUUCAGAGGACAAAGUUCGUAAGCCAAAUGGUCAGACAAAAUUGGAACUGCCAAAGUUUCGUUCAAGGAACUCAAAUUCAGAUGAUGAUUUAAAUGCCCUGUUACAGGAGGAGGAAGAUCUUGUAAGUGCUCAUCGGAAACAAGUUGAGGACACUAUGAAUAUUGUUAAAGAGGAGAUGAAUCUGUUGGUAGAAGCAGAUCAACCAGGGAAUCAGCUGGACGAUUAUGUUACUAGAUUGAACGCAAUUCUAUCUCAGAAGGCUGCAGGCAUUCUGCAAUUGCAAACCCGUUUAGCUCAUUUCCAGAAGCGUUUAAAAGAACAUAAUGUUCUUGUAUCUUCUUCUGGUUACUGA